AUGGUGAUCGCUGCUCCCUUAGACGAGGCUCCAGGCCCUGCAGCCCGUGGUCGUGACGAAGCUACCGUCUUCAUGUGUGAAGAUACCCAUUUUAGAGGCAACUGCCUAACCGACGUAAUCCAGAUUAGAUCAUGUUAUAAUACCCCGCGGAGUUUCGUGGACCGCAUCAGCUCAAUUCGGAACGAGGACAAGAAAAGAGACACCUGCACCUGGUACCGAGAUAGUGAUUGCCGGGGAGAAACAUACCACAACCAGGAGGAUGCCAACCUGGCUGAUGGUAAUGGUCACUUCAACGAUGCGAUCCGGAGCUACGAGUGCAAAAGAAAGUGA